UCUGCUCAUUGUUGAAUCUGCGUGCAAGAAAUCAUGAUUGAGAGUGCCCUGUUUCCCUUAUUGCCAUGCAACUUUUUGCCUAACUGGUCCUAGUUCAUAGUUCAGUUUUUUCAACCCUCGCCACCACCAUUAUUCCACUUCCACAGUCAAUUCGAAACUCUGUGCUGGCAAUCCGCAGUUUUUUUUCCGUCUUGUUGAAAAUCAAGUUUUGUGUCUCGUUGUUGGAUGUUGGGGUGUGACAACCUGAUCCCACUUGAGCUCACAACCACCAGGACCAUCUCACCUGCCGUCAUCAUCAUCCCCUCCCUACCACCACCACCACCAGCCCCAGGUUCAAGGUACAAUCCCACACACUUUGUAUUUCCAACACUUUUACCCAAACCAACGCUACUAACCCCAACUCAAAGUAUACGCUCAUCCUCACAAGACGACGACAGGGCCACUUCUUGUCAACGAGUGAAUGGAAAUCGCCAAUUUUUUGAACCACCCUUCAAGUCAGUCGCCCAUGGUUGUGUGCAACAAAGACAAAUUGUGAGCAGGAGAAUUUGGGCAAGAAUGGAGACUUUGUGACGUCCACGCGUGGGUGAGAGUGCACAGUGGUGAACAUACAAAAAUCAUCAUAUUCACUCAUUUCGUUUUGUAAAACCACGCCACGCAAGAACAAUACUUCAGAAUGGAAAGGACAGAAUAGUUACGUUGUGCGAGUCGUCCCUGCCAAUUUCCUGCCCUCCCACUUGAUUUCCUUUUCAUAUCUGUCGUCUAAACGGACCAAUCUGCGGGAGCGUCCCAUCUAGAUUUCACCAAUCAUGACUGCAACCCUGAUGAACCUAUUUUCGGGCAACGGUUCAUUCCUGAUGAACCAAGAGUACGUGGAGUGGCCCUUCAUGACGAACCCGACCUACCCGCCCUACUGGUUCGAGGAGUUCGACCCGGACAAGAGUCGGCGCUGGUUGUGGGACAACUGGACUCUGAGCGUCUACGCCACCGGCCUCUACUGGCUCAUGAUCUUCGUGGGGCAGUGGUGGAUGAAGGACCGACAGCCCUUCAACCUUCGCAAGCCCCUCGCCCUCUGGAACUUCUUCCUCGCCGGAUUCUCCAUCUGCGGGUUCCUGCGCACGGGGCCCGACCUCUACGACGUCCUCACCGGAGAAAACGGCUUCCACAGAUCCGUUUGUGUCAGAGACUCGCUCAAUCCUCCCACCGCCUUUUGGGCUUAUCUCUUCACUCUGUCCAAAAUGCUCGAGUUGGGAGACACCGUUUUCAUCGUUCUGAGGAAAACACCUCUCAUAUUUCUGCACUGGUACCACCAUUCGACAGUUUUAGUCUUUUCGUGGCUAUGCUAUCCCCAAGCGGAGCCAAUUUUCCGCUACGUAGGAGUGAUGAACUAUGCCGUCCACAGUGUAAUGUACUCCUACUACGGCUUCAAAGCUCUCCAGUUCAAAGUUCCACGCCAGCUAUCGAUGGUCAUAACUACUUUGCAGCUCAGCCAAAUGAUCUUGGGUCUGAUUGUUAACAUAUACGCAUACACUGCCAAAAACGUGUUGGGCUGGGAGUGUGCGCGCUCGGACGAAGGGUUGCGCGUGCUGAUGCUGAUGUACGCCUCCUACUUUGUCCUCUUCGCCAACUUCUUCAAGAGGACGUACUUGACCCGCAAGAGCAAGACGCAGUAGGAGACCCAAGUCCUUCCUGCGUGGUUUUAUACCGUCGUGCUCGAGAGUCUCGUCCUCGUCGACGCAACCACUGACUCAUUUCGCCUUCUUUAAGUUCCUUACCCAUAUUCACUCCCCGGACCAUGUUUUACUGAUCGUGGCUUUGUGAAGACCAUUGACGCUGGCAGUUACACGAGCUCUAGACCACCACCUACAGUAGCAGAUGACGAUGCAGUAUCCUCUCCUUCAGAAAUUACGCUCCUCUAUUUUGACCUGAGCUUGCUUAAAGAUGGUCCUUCCACUACGAAAGUUAUUUCCCUUUCCAUUUGUAAAUACUGCUCUUCCCCUUGUUUUUUUUAAUCGAAAUUUGUUUUCAACUGGAAAUUUUCCACCAUGGUUUUGGUUUUUCUCUUCUUGACUCUAGGUUACCUACAUGUAUGUACAUAUUAUUAUGCAAAUUGUGUAAAUCAAAUACAAGCCAAGACUCCUGCUGAGCGAAUCCUUGGGCAUAAAGAUGCAGGAAUGCCCAGCCAUGCAACAUGAUACAAUUGUGAUGCCUCAAAGAAUAUAUAUAGUUAGCAAUUAAAAUUAGUUAAUCAUUACCCAUGAUAAUAAACUGCUUAAAAAUGUAUAAAAGUAUGUAUGUAUUAAAUGUAAUGUCAAGAUAAACGCAAAAGCGACUAGUUUUCAAUGCGAGUUGGUAAAAUUGUGAGAUUUUGUUGAACUAAAAAAUAGGAGCAGAGGAAUAAAGAUAUAAUUUUAAGAAAC